AUGUUUGAUCAUUUUUGGAGAGGAAUUGCAUGGACAAUUGCGGCACUCUACCACUGGUGGCAUGGUGAUAUUUUUUAUGUAGAGCCAGGGACACUUGCAUUUUCAGUCACAAUAUUCUGCAUUGAAGCACUGGUUUGUAUUACUGUUAUCAUACUGCGAAGGCGCCCGCCGAUUGGUGGCGAACUGGGUGGGCCAAUCAAAUAUAAGAUCCUAACAUCAGGUUUAUUCGUCGUACUGUGGCUUACCUACCUCGGUCUCUCUGCUCUCGAGUCAUACUGCAUCAUCGCCGGAUUUUAG